AUGGAUAUUAGCUCUGCUCCUCAUAGUGAAGAUGAUGGUUCUACUAAAGAAACUGAAGAAGAAGAAGAAGGUUCUGCCAUAGAAGUUGCCCCAACAUCUAAAGUUGCAACUGAGACAGAUGAAGCAAAAGAAGAAUUAGAAGAAACAAGCUCAUAUUCAAAGAAAUCAGUUAAUAUGAAGGGUGAAACUAGAAAAGAGUAUCGACUUGUGGCACCCUAUCCUCAAAGGUUGAUGGCUUGUCAGAAGAACAAGUAUCACAAUGAAAUUCAAGAAAUCUUCGAGCAAGUGAAGAUCAACAUUCUGCUUUUGGAUGCCAUACAGCAAGUUCCUUCAUAUGCAAAAUUUCUGAAGGAUUUGUGCACGGUAAAGAGAAAGCUGAACGUAAAGAAGAAGGAUUUCUUGACAGAGCAAUUAGGGUUAGGUGAGUUGAAGAAGACCUCCAUGUUGCUACAAUUGGCAUACAUAUCAUUAAAAUUUCCACGAGGUGUUAUUGAAGAUGUAUUAGUUCAAGUUGACAAAUUUUACAACCCAGUGGUCAUUGUAGUUUUGGAUAUGCAACAGCCUGUCUCCAACAUCUACCAGGCACCUAUUAUUCUUGGGUGGCCAUUCCUUGCUACCUCCAAUGCAUUGAUCAAUUGUCGAAGUGAAGUACUAAAGCUCACAUUCAGAAAUACGACAGUGGAUAUGAACGUGUUCAAUGCUCGCAAGAUGACGAGUGGGUGUCAUGAUUUAGAGUUAUAUGCAGUUGAUGUGGUAGAUGACUUGGAUAUUUCAGAGCUUUUGUCGACAAUUGAUUCUAAUGGUGCAUUUGAGAGUUACUCUUUCGAGCAGCCUGAAGUAUUUGAUGAAAAAGUUCCCUUGAUUAGAGAGUUAUUAGAAUCAAAGAGGCAAUUCACCAAAAUAGAUGGUUCCCCUCGGUUAUUGGAUGCUAGUUACACGAGUAGUUGGCGUAAGCCGACUUUUGAAACUCUCGACCUACCAGAAGUCAUGAAGUCAUCAGUAGAAGAAGUCCUGACACUUGAGUUGAAGCCAUUACUUGAAGAUCUGAAGUAUGUUUUUCUGGGUCCAGCAAAGCGCACAUUCCCGGCGGUCAUUUCUUCUCGCCUUACUUUAAAACAGGAAAACUGA